CUCAGUAGAUGUUUACAUGAGCAAAUCAUGACGAUAAUGCCAGACAGCUUCUAAACAUCACACAAACUGUAGUAUCAUGUAGAUACAAGCCUCCAGAUGGGAACAUGGACGGCCGAAAAGCCCACGACAACAGCCUCCUCGAGCCCAACAUCUUGCGAGGAAACAUAUCCCACCAGCUCCGCACUUUCUCCAACAACAUAGCAGCUCCCACAGCCCACAUCCGCAUCCUCGACGCCAUCCGGUACGACCAUCGCGAGAUCAUAUCGUACUAUGAACUGAUUGUCAACUCCACAGACCGUGAGGAGCAGACGCGCUGGCAGAACCAGUUUACCUGGGAACUAGCCCGGCAUGUUGUAGCGGAGGAAUUGGUGUUUUAUCCUGCUUUGGAAAAGUAUUUGGAGGAUGGGGAGGAGAGGGCUGAGAAGAGUCGAAGGCAGCAUAAAGAAAUAAAAGAGCAACUCAAAAUCUUCCAAGAUCAGAGCCCAACAGACGUCCACUUUCUGCACACCAUUGAAGGCCUCAUGGAGAAUUUCAAGCAUCACGUCAAUGACGAAGAAACAGACGAUAUUGUCAGGCUGGAUGACGUUCUCACCCAGGAACAGAGCAUCAGCUUGACUCGGUCCCUUGAGCGAACCAAGAUAUUUGUCCCCACGCGCAGCCACCCGAUUGCUUCUUCGAAACCUCCUUUUGAGACCGUUGUUGGGCUGCUGGCGGCGCCGUUGGACCAUCUAGCGGAUUUGUUCCGCAAGUGGCCGGAUACUGGGGGGACUCAAUAUUGAAUCUGUCUUUACUCUUUGCAUUUUUGGUUUCUGUAGACAUUGUGAUUGACAUGAGUUUGCUGAUCCUUCUGCGCGUGGAAAAAAGAGCGUCGCGUUGGUUGCCCGAUCGAGCGCCCCACGUGCCUCUCCUUAUCACCACAAACAGCCUCAACAUCAACCAAUAUCACACCGGAGGAUUGCAAUAGUC